AUGUUUUUGCGAGUUUUGCUCGGAUUGUUAUUUAUUCGAAUAUCGCUGGCGGAGAAGUGUAUUUUUAGCGAGAGUCCACUGUAAGUUGGGGAAUAUCGAUUGAAAAAAGGUUGUUUUUGGGUACACAUAUGAUUACAGAGCUACUUUAGUGACAAAAAAUAUGUAAUUUAUUGCUGACAUAAUAAAAAACCCUGAAUAAAAACCGUAUUUUACAACGAAAAAGUUAGUAAAACAACAUAAUUUUGCAUCGCUAAAUGGCUGAUAACCGAUAAGAAAUUCAAUUAUUUUAAAUAUACGAUGGGCUAGAAGCUGCCUUCUUGUUUGGACUGGCAGUUCUGUCAAAGUCAAAUCAAUUUCGCUGAAACUUUGGAUUAGGCUUUUCGGUUCAGUGAUGUAAAAUACGCACGUCUGAAUUUCGCAAUUCUUACAAAGUAUGUCGCAAUCUUUUGGAAUUUAAAAAGUAAACGACACGAUAGUAAAAAUUAAUGUUUUUUUUUGACUUCAGUGGAAUUUUUAGUUGUAAAACACGGCUUUUCCAUCGUUUAUCCUUCAUGAGGCGUCGAAUGACCAGUUUUUGGCAAUUUUUUCGUCAAAAAAUUAUUGAAAGACACACUGUAAAUCCAAAAAGUCUCUGAACCAAAAUAAUUUACCUUACAGAGCCAUUUGUGAUUAAUAAAAAUAUGUUUAGAAUCGUCACUAGUCGUGAUUGCCCGUCCGUUGACCUAAAAUUGUCAGCCACAAAGCUUGAUGACGUAAAAUUUAUUCAAAACAUAGAAAAUGGAUCGGUUUGUGAUUCAAGUAAUGUUCCCGAGUAUGUAAUUACAAGACUGCUUUAUCAAUUGUUUCAAUUUUUAUACGCCGUUUUCGUUUUCUUCAGAGUUAAAAUGAUCUAUGAUGGUUGUCAGAUAUAUCAUGCAAAAUUGCAUAUUGGGCAGGAAAAUGUAACCGAAAUUAUGGAUGAUGAAGGUAAAAUAAGAUCUCAUACGGACGACUAAACUCUUAUUUUCCAGACAUAUUCAGAUUCAGACUCCCAAAACUAUCGCAGAUUCACAUCUCUUUUGAUGGAUCUAAACUCAAAUUUGAUGAAAGAUUCUUUUCUUUGUCUUGUUUGGCCGGGAAAAAGCCCAAGGAUCAGAAGAUUACGGUCAAAGUCGAGUUCAAGAGCUCCAAAUGCAACUUGAAGCUUGUUUUUGUAAGAUCUUAUUGAUUAUAAUCUACAUUAAUUUUAUUCAAAUUGAUUUGUUUUGUUGUUUUAGGACAAAAAAAUUUCUUUGGUUUACACUUUCUUCGACUUCUUGGCGGAUCACUUCUUCAGGCUGUUGCUGACACUCAUCUUGAUAUUGCUGGUGUAAGUUAUGUUACUUUAUUUAUUUUAGUCAUCAAAAAAUUUCAAAAUUAAAAUUCGAGUUCUUAGUAAUGUAAUUUACAAAAACCUUAUGUUAACUAAAUUUUCUUUCAGCCUAACCUUGUCCAUCUGUGUUUAUCUCCGUCAAAAGGCUCUAAAACGACAAAAGGAGGACUUCAUCGCGCGCGAGGUAAGCGUUACAGUAAUCUACAGUAAUCCCAGCGAGUUUUACGGCACAUUUCUCUUCAGCCCAGUUUCAACCGAUCCCGGGACUCGGAUCAGCCACGGCCGAGUCGAAUAGACCCCAAUGACAUUACAGUAAUCGACCCGGUUACUGUAACACCCAUUACGCACAAGAAUUCGGUGGUUUUGGAGCUGAGAGAUGUCUAUGGAAUAUCUGAAUUGCAAGGAUCGAGUAAAAGGCAGAAUUCAAUUGAUGGGGAGGACGAGAUCAUUGUGAAAAUGCCCGGAGGCAAAGAAGAUGAGGGCCCUAAGGCUAAAAUAUGGAAGAUAAUUGAUAGAAAAAGAGCGGAAGAGGCCGAAAAAGGAAGUCAUCUUACAGUAACACCCGAAGAAAACGAAAACGAAUUUGAAGUCGCGUACUCUGUAACCCCUGACGGCAUGGAAAAUCAAAAAAUGGAACCGGGAAUACCAAAAAUUGAAGAGCCAAUUGAACCCCAAAUCACGGUAAAAAAUGAAAUUCAGAAGAGCUCUGAACAGCCGCAAAAGGACGAUAAAAAGGAUGAAGAGAGACCUGUGGAUGUGGCACCACCAGUACCCCAGAAACGAAGUGUUUACAGCCAAUAUUCAGAGGUCUCGGAAGAGGAAAUUAACCAUAAAGAUAACCGGAAAGCCAAGAAAUUAAAGAAGAAAAACAAGAAAGAGAGGCAGAACAGUAUGAGGAAAAGCAUACGGAGAAAACCGGAGACGGUAAGGGGCUUCAUAUUACACGUAAUUUAGGGCGUUAUUUUUUGGGAGAGUGCAAAAAAAAUUUUAAUUUGCGACUUUUUUUCUGGUCUCUAAGAUCUCUAACAAUAAGAAAAUUUUUUUUGAUAUUUGAAUUUUCAGGCGCCCAAAAAACAACGCUGCAAUUUGAUCCAUGGCCUAAAAAAGAGAUAUGCCAGGACAUUCAAGAAGAUCGACGAGGAGGGAGAGAGGAAAUAA